AAACGGCACAGUCGACGUGGGCCAAAAACGCCUCAGACGCCUGUUGUCAUGGCUUAGUCUGAUGUCUGCCCCUCCUAGAGAAGAAAAAACAAUCAGAAUGAACUAGCAUUUCUCCUUUAUGCAUUGCAGCUUUGUCUGUCUGCUCCCUUCCCCGAUUUAGCUACGCCAUUUGGCGCGUUCAAGGCCUCCUGUCGGGCCAGGCGACAUGUCAAUGUCGAGCCCUGCGGCGAUCUUUCAUCACGGGCUACGAUGUACCAAAAUCCACAAAAAAUCAGCCGUGGCAGUACCCUCAACCACCUCCUUGUCAGCCCUAACUUCUUCCCUGACUUCAACGGCAUCUGAUGCUGCGGAUGAGACCCUGGCUCCCACACAACGGGUAGAGCCUUUAUUCAACAGCCUUGACACUCCAAGUACACAAGAGAUAAAAGUACCGCCACCAGCUGUGGAAACAACUGCUUCGCAGACGUCACAGACAGCGGAUGUGGCACCGGUGGUCGCCGCUACGACGACGCCAACGGCUGUUACGACCACUACAGCUGUUCCAAACAUACCGUCGGUUGCACCCGCCAAUUCUCUCCCAAGCACCGAGGAUGAAGUAAACACAAAAAUUUUGUCCUCUUCGCACGAUGCAGCCUAUGAGGUCACAGCACUACCGUCGCGUGUAACACCGAAUUUCUCCAGCCCUUCAUAUAGCCCGACAAUACCUGUGCAUACACCUAUACCUACGAUCAAUUCCACAACAUCCUUUACAUUAGUCUCAACAACCACUGGAAGUGUUCCUUCCCAGACUCAUUCGCUUCGAGAACCUCCAGCCUCGUCCGAGGACAACAAGGGCAGUGCCUCGCUGCGUACCAUCCUAGGUAGCGCUCUGGGUGCGGCGGCCUUUCUCGUCCUCGCAAUUCUGAUAUGUUUUCUCAUCCUUCGUAACCGACGGAAAACAAAAGGCGGCCAGAGUGUCGGAGGCAGUGAAAAGCCACUACACAAUGGCCGAAAGUCACCAGACUCCGGGGCUGGAUUAUACCACGAGUAUCGGUCCAAUGCCUCGAAAGUGUCCGACACUUCUUCAACCCGUUCAAUGUACAAUUACAUACCUAAUGCACCACUAAUGCCCAACUACGAGGAUCAUCAUGAUCCCAAUCAGCAACAACCAAGUCAUCACUCCAGUCCUUACUCCAACCCAGCUGAAAUCUCGCCGACGAUGCGAGAAAACGCCUAUCACAUACGAAACACUGUCCGAUACCCGUUCCUCGACGACCCUCAGCAUACGGGACGACCCAGCUUCCCUCGACGACCCGCAUCCCUUCCUUUAUCCUUCGCCUCUUCGGAAAGUCAUCGACGUCCUGGAAUUCCUUUCGUGCGUGACGAAGGGUCGAUGUACGGUAGCGAUCGCAGCCUAGGCAGCACUAUCUUCCUCCCGGGGCGUAGCAGCUCCGGUAGCAGCCUGCGGCGAUUCAGCUACGGCGCGUCGGCGGCCGAACUAGGUCUCUGCUCGCCAACUGAAUCGGUGGCGCGAAGCAGCACGCGCAGCGAUCCAUUUGAUCUGGAGAUUCCCGCCAGAGUGAUGGACCGAAAUAGUGCUGCCACUAUCACCCGGGCCCAGGUAUAAUCGAGAGGCACGGAGACACAGCGUGUUGCUGUUUAUGAAUCCCGAAGCGAGCAACUUCUUUUCGUUGCUCGUCUUCAAACCGAGGUCUCUGAUCAACGAAGAUAUGUGA